CGAUGAUCUCGUUUUGUAUUAAGAUAUGAUAAGAAAAUACAAUGAGCCAGAAGAUAAUACAAUGUCAACUUUACAAGCUAAUGAAACAGAUAAUUUGGAAAGUAGAAUGGUGAAGUUGGAAGCUGAACAUAUUGAUUCUACUCUAAUUCAGUUUGGAGAUGAAGAGAUUCAAGUGAAAAAUGAAGAGCUUGAUUUAGAUUCAGGAUUAAUGGGGCUUACAGAAGGUGCUGCUCUGCUUUGUAUGAACGUAAAGGAUUGGAGAGGUGAUUUAGAGGAACCUAGACUGAGCUGGAUUCAGAAGACAAUAAAAUGUGAUUUUUGUAACUAUUGGGCUGUUCCAAGUACUAUGAAAAUACACAUCCGCAAACAUACUGGAGAAAGGCCAUAUAUCUGUCAUCAUUGUCAGUAUAAAUGUGCAAGUUUAUCUGCUCUCCGUUGCCAUAUUCGAAUUCAUAAUUCUGAAAAACCUUUUACAUGUAAAAAUUGCAAUUUUAGUACUUUGUAUCCAGCCUCUCUCAAAUGUCAUCAGGCCAAACACACUGGCAACAAACCUUACCAGUGUCCCUUUUGUGAUUACAGAGCGGUUUUACCUGGUACUUUAAAAAUCCAUCUUAGAACUCACAGCGGUGAAAAAUCUUAUAAUUGUAUUUACUGCCCUUACAAAGCAGCUUAUUUUUCAAGCUUAAAAGUUCACCUUAGGAAACAUACUGGAGAGAAACCUCAUAUUUGCCAACUAUGUGGGUACCAAACUGCUUAUCAAAGCAGUUUAAAGAUUCAUUUAAGAUCACAUACUGGAGAACGUCCUCAUACUUGUCCUCACUGUCCUUAUGCUACAGGUGACUUGAGCUCAUUAAAAAAGCAUUUACUGAUACAUUCUGGAGAAAAACAAUUUAAGUGUACUCUAUGUGAUUUUCGGGCUACUCGAAGAGCAAAUAUCAGAGUUCAUAUGUAUUCUCAUACUAAAGAAAAAAAAUACUCAUGCUCUCAAUGUCCAUACCGUACUGCUUAUUCUGGCAGUCUGAAAGUUCACAUUUUAACACAUGGUGAAAAAUCAUUCAAGUGCUCUUUCUGUGAUCAUAAAAGUUCCCACCUUCAAGGUCUUAAGUUACAUAUGCGUACUCAUACAGGAGAAAAACCUUAUGGUUGUAUGCUUUGUGAAUAUAGAUCAAUAUCAAGAAAUAAUCUCAAAAUUCAUAUGCUUGGUCAUGAAGGUGUGAAGCCUUUUGCUUGUGAAUAUUGUCCAUUUAAAACUGCUAGGAGUGGACAUUUGAAAAGACAUUUAUUAAUUCAUACUAAAGAAAAAGUUUUAUCUUGUCCUUUUUGUGAUUUUUCUACUACACAGAUGUCUAACUUAAAAGCUCAUACAUGGACUCACAAUAAACAGAAACCCUUUAAAUGUGAUCAAUGUGAAUAUACUGCCACAAGGAAGGAUAGUCUCAUGGUACACCAAACUAAGCACAAAGGUAUUAAACCUUAUUCGUGCCCCAUGUGUGAUCAUAAAACUGCUGAUUAUCGUUGUUUACGAGUACAUUUAAAAGUUCAUUCUGAAGUAAGGCCUUUUCAGUGCCCUGAUUGCUCAUUUACAACAAAAAGGAUAGGAAUUCUGAAAAGGCACAGGCUUAUUCAUACAGGAGAAAAGCCUUAUGCUUGUUCUAAAUGCAAAUUUAAAAGCUGUAGACAAGAGAACUUAAAGAACCACCUUAAAACUCAUACCAAAAAGAGGAGGAAAAAGUGUCCGUUUUGUGAUGAAAGAUAUCUUCGUCUUCAAUCUCAUCUAACUAAAGUCCACUAUGAAUUCUUAUUAAAAUGUUACCACUGUUCAUAUCUAACUUUCGAUUUGUUCAUUUUGAAAAGGCACAUUAAGAAACACAUUAAACAUUUUCUAGUCAAUAACAACUUCAGUAUGUUAAGUUAGAAGUAUUAGGUUAAAUUUUAAAUAUUUAUAUUUUAUUUGUUAUUUUUGACAAAUCCUGUCCCUUUACCUGCAAAGAAAUAUUUUUGUAAUUCAUAAGAAC